AUGGAAGGCAUUCGGCAAACGUUUGCACGCUGCAAGGCCCAAGGCAGGUCUGCGCUUGUUACCUAUGUUACUGCUGGUUAUCCCACGCCCCAGGACACUCCCAAUGUCUUGUUGGCCAUGGAGAAGGGUGGCGCUGAUGUGAUUGAACUUGGCGCCCCCUUCACCGACCCAAUUGCCGACGGCCCGACUAUUCAGACAUCAAACACUGUGGCGCUGCAACAUGGUGUCACGAUCGAGUCAACACUCAAGAUGGUCAAGGAUGCCCGCGACCAGGGUCUGAAGGCACCUGUGAUGUUGAUGGGAUACUACAACCCCCUUCUCAGCUACGGCGAGGAGAGACUCCUGAACGACUGCAAGACGUCGGGCGUCAACGGUUUCAUCGUUGUCGACCUUCCCCCUGAGGAGGCCAUUUCUUUCCGCAAGCUCUGCACCAAGGGAGGACUCUCAUACGUUCCCCUGAUCGCCCCCGCAACCUCGGACGCCCGCAUGAGAAUCCUCUGCAAGCUGGCUGACUCCUUCAUCUACGUCGUCUCCCGCCAGGGCGUCACCGGUGCCCUCGGCUCUAUGAACGCCAACCUCCCCGCCCUCGUCGACCGCGUCAAGAAGUACAGCGGCAACAAGCCCGCCGCCGUUGGCUUCGGCGUCAGCACCCGCGACCACUUCCUCAGCGUCGCCAAGCUCGCCGACGGCGUCGUUGUCGGCUCCCAGAUCAUCACCACCCUCCAAAAGGCCGCCCCCGGCGAGCUCUUCAAUGACGUCGCAAAGUACUGCGCCUACCUGUGCGGCCGCGACGCCGCCGCCGCUGGCGACGAAACCACUCGCGAGGUUGGCUUGGCCGAGGCCGUGGCUGCCGCCAAGGAGCCUACCGAUGAGCCUACCGUCGACGACCGCAUUACUGCCGACCAGGACAGCGAGCUCGUUGCCGAGCUCGCCGCCAUGCACGGCAAGAUUCCCGAUCGCUUCGGCGAUUUCGGCGGCCAGUAUGUCCCCGAGUCUCUCAUGGACUGCCUCUCUGAGCUUGAGGAGGGCUUCAACAAGAUCAAGGACGAUCCUUCCUUCUGGGAGGAGUACCGCUCCUACUACGAGUACAUGGGCCGCCCAGGCCAUCUCCACCUCGCUGAGCGCCUCACCGAGCAUGCCGGCGGCGCCAACAUCUGGCUGAAGCGCGAGGAUCUCAACCACACGGGCUCUCACAAGAUCAACAACGCCCUCGGCCAGCUCCUCCUCGCCAAGCGCCUCGGCAAGACCAAGAUCAUCGCCGAGACGGGCGCAGGCCAGCACGGCGUCGCCACGGCUACCGUCUGCGCCAAGUUCGGCAUGGAGUGCACAGUCUACAUGGGCGCCGAGGACGUCCGCAGACAGGCCCUCAACGUCUUCCGCAUGAAGCUUCUCGGCGCCAAGGUAAUCGCCGUCGAGGCCGGCAGCAAGACCCUCCGUGACGCCGUCAACGAGGCCAUGCGCGCCUGGGUCGUCGAGCUUGACACCACCCACUACAUUAUCGGCUCGGCCAUCGGCCCGCACCCCUUCCCCACCAUCGUCCGCACUUUCCAGUCCGUCAUCGGCAACGAGACAAAGGCGCAGAUGCUCGAGAAGAGGGGCAAGCUCCCCGACGCCGUCGUCGCCUGCGUCGGCGGCGGCAGCAACGCCGUGGGCAUGUUCUACCCCUUCGCCAACGAUCCCUCUGUCAAGCUCCUCGGCGUCGAGGCCGGCGGUGACGGCAUCGAUACCGCCCGACACAGCGCCACCCUCUCUGGCGGCAGCAAGGGCGUCCUGCACGGUGUGAAGACGUACAUCCUCCAGGACAAGCACGGCCAGGUCGCCGAGACGCACUCCGUCUCCGCCGGCCUGGACUACCCCGGUGUCGGCCCCGAGCUCAGCUCCUGGAAGGACAGCGAGCGCGCCAAGUACGUCGCCGCCACCGACGCCGAGGCCUUUAUCGGUUUCCGUCUCAUGAGUCAGCUCGAGGGUAUCAUCCCCGCGCUGGAGUCGGCGCACGGUAUCUACGGCGCCAUCGAGCUUGCCAAGACGAUGAAGAAGGGCGAGGAUAUCGUCAUUUGCCUGAGCGGUCGUGGUGACAAGGACGUGCAGAGCGUCGCGGAUGAGCUGCCCAAGCUGGGCCCCAAGAUUGGUUGGGACCUGCGUUUCUAA